CGGCGCACGCGUAUUGCGUACUUUGUACCCGGCUGUUGCUGUGAGAGAAAUCAAUAUGGCUGCGCUUGGUGUCCGGUGGGUCCGGGCUCUUUCCAAGGGGAAAGGGACGGGGGUAACAGCCCUUAUGUCGAUGACUAGGGCAGCCUCUGGAAUUUCUAAGGAUAUGCUACCAGGACCUUAUCCAAAGACACCUGAAGAAAGAGCAGCUGCUGCCAAGAAGUAUAAUAUGAGGGUGGAGGACUACGAACCAUACCCUGAUGAGGGAAGGGGCUAUGGCGACUACCCAAUGCUCCCAGCUAAAUCACAACAUGAGAGAGACCCCUGGUAUUCUUGGGACCACCAAGACCUGAGGAAGAACUGGGGAGAGCCGAUGCACUGGGAUUUCGACAUGUUCAUCAGGAACCGAGUGGAUACAUCUCCCAGCCCGGUCCCUUGGAAUACAAUGUGCAAACACUUGUUUGGAUUUGUUGGCGUUAUGCUCAUAAUGUUCUGGCUUGGGGAAACAUUCCCAGCCUACCAGCCUGUGGCUCCCAAACAGUAUCCCUAUAAUAACCUGCAUCUUGAAAGAGGAGGUGACCCCAACAAACAGCCUGAAGAAUUGAAACAUUAUGAAAUCUAACAGUGGUAUAUUAAACUGAGCAAUUGUGAUGCUUAGUUUUGUUAUGCUGUCUACAUUCACAAGUCCAGAAUUCUAAUAAAAAUGUUACUCAGACCAUGA